AAGUGAUUUUUUCAUUUUGAAUCAUAAACUUUUAGUCAUAAGUUUUAUUAAAUCGUUUUUAUGUUUAUAUAUAUAUAUAUAAAAAUAUUUAUAUUUAUAUUUAUUUAUUGGAUAUAUGCUUUCAAUGUAACCGGUUGCUAAUUUUUUGAAAAACUUCACUUUUAUCCAUAUGAUUUUGUUUCCGCGUAUCCGAUUUCUAUUCCAGAAAUUCAAGUCAACAAAACCAUACAGGGGCAUAUAGGUAAAUUAACAAAGAUCAACUUGCCUUUUUGUUUUUCGUUAUCACCACUCGCAUACUCACAUGAACUCUGCAUUUAAAACUGUCUCUCUCAAACCGAAAGACACAACCAAACUUUUCUCGCAAGUCGCUGUAAAGUUGAUCUUCUUCCUCCUUUUUUAUAUACACACAUCUUCUUCUCCCUUUAACAUCUUUCUCUUCAAACCUCCACUUCCUCUUAACCCUAAAUAAAGAUAACAAAAGACCGAACUAUAUCAAGAUUUUAUAAAACAAGAACGUCGUCAACGUAACUCACAUCAACAUGCUCGCCGUACACCGCCCUUCCUCCGCUGUGACAGACGGAGACUCCGUCCAGGUCCCGAUGAUGAUCGCUUCUUUUCAAAAACGUUUCCCUUCUCUCUCACGCGACACAGCCGCAGCUAGUUUCCACACGCACGAGGUUGGUCCUAACCAGUGCUGCUCCGCCGUGAUCCAAGAGAUCUCCGCCCCUAUUUCUGCCGUAUGGUCCGUCGUCCGACGCUUCGACAACCCGCAAGCUUACAAACACUUCCUCAAAAGCUGCAACGUCAUAGGCGGAGACGGUGGAAACGUUGGUAGCCUCCGUCAAGUCCACGUCGUUUCUGGCCUCCCCGCCGCGAGCUCCACCGAACGUCUCGAUAUCCUAGACGACGAACGUCAUGUUAUUAGUUUCAGCGUCGUUGGUGGAGACCACCGGCUGUCUAACUACCGGUCCGUCACGACUCUUCACUCUUCUCCGAUCUGUGGAACCGUGGUUGUUGAGUCUUACGUCGUUGACGUGCCUCCCGGGAACACUAAAGAAGAAACUUGCGACUUCGUUGACGUUAUAGUACGGUGCAAUCUUCAGUCUCUUGCUAAAAUAGCUGAGAGUUCUGCGGUGGAAGGGAAGAAGAAGACGUCCAUGUAAUGAGUGUUUUGUUGUCUGAGUAGUAUCGUUUUGAUCCGGCGUCGUUUUCUUGUUUUUAAGCCGUCGUGUGAUCUAUGUUUUCCGGCUUAUUGUGUGAAAAAAGAGGAGAAUGCAUUAGUAAUUUAAUCUGUUAUGAUCAUAAUCUUAUGUUAUUUUUGUAUUUAAUAUCCAUAAAUAACCGAUUCUGAUAACCCUA